AUGGCGAGCCUCUUUGAGUUCGCGCGAGAAUCUGCCUCGGAAGUCUCAGCAGACCCGCAUCUGGGCAACCCAGUGUUUACCGAUGACUUGGCGAUUGAGAUGCGGCCCAUCGAGUGCAAUGCACAGAACAUAACUGGCAAGGUCUUUCUGAACCGUCCGGUAGACAAUCUCGUCCCGCCGCGGUUCCUCCAUAUGGCCCAUCAUACAACAACGGUCCAGAGAAAGCCUUGGAUUUUCCGAGGCGGCGCUGAAGAUGCCCGCAAAGUUAAUAUGGGCCGCUGGUCCAAGGUCGACAUUCGAUACCGAGGCGUGUUCAAGACACUGGCAAAAGUCCCGCGGUUCCAAAGAGGACUGUGGGAGGACGGCAGUGAGGACUGCCAGGACAAGCUGGAUGAAGCUAAAGACCAUACUCAGGACCAGGUGAUCUACGCGCUACUAAAUGAGCUCGGUGAGAUGAUGAAUCUGAAAAGGGAUACUGCGGCCAAAGAUAGAGUGUUCUCUCUUGGCGCCCGCCUUGUUUGUGUUCAGAUGGAGUACUGGACGGGGUAUCGAAAAAGAUACAAUGAUGGACCAAUGUCCUCCGGAUUUCUCUCUCUCGCAUGCGACCCGGACCCAUUACCGUCUAUUCCCAUUGUCCCCGUGUCCACAGUAAGAUACCCCACAACCAUCGAAGAGUCCCUCCAAUCCUCGCUCUCCGGCAAGUUCAAGCUCAUGCUCGGCCAGCUACUCCGCCAUGUGAAAUCCCUCUCCCUCUCACACCCGGGAGACAAAAUCCCCGACCAGGAGAUUUUCCUCAUCGGUCUACAUGGCUCGCGCAUGCACCUCCUGCGCGGUUUCUUCCCCGGCCAAAAGCUGUCUAGUCUGUGGUGCCAACGUGAAAUCACCAUGCCCAUCCCCACCCUCUCCGCAGAGCAGCACCUGUCUCCGUCAUCCCCGUCCCAAUCCCCGACGGUCCCAACCACAGCGCACAUUGAGCACUUCAGAGAAAGCAGCAGCAGCCCCGACAACGACGGUGCCCCGUGCUGGGGGCGGACUCGAAGCCGCCGCGGCAGUGAUCGCUUCUACACGGCCGAGAACAUUGAGCGUCUGCGCCGCCACUUCGAAGCUACUCGGUUGUCGAUGCUGGACCACGAGCCAGAUCUGCAUACAUUUCGGGUGCUAGGCACACGCGAGUAUGAUCUGUGGCGGCGCGGCGACUUUGCCCAUGCGGUCCAUAUGCUCGUCGCAUUGCAGAUGUAUCUACUCAGCGGCGAGGCGCAGUGCGGGAUUCUACAGGAGCUGUUUGCACAGCAUCCGGCGCCCGCGGAGGGUGGAGAAGCUAAGGGCGCUAAUCGUGAGGUUGGGGAGGAAGGCCGUAAGCACAGUCAGGAUGAAUUUUUGCAGGGGGAGUCUGGGGUGGGAGAUGAUGCCGGAGAGGAGGGGGGUGGGGGGAACUGCGAAGAGGGGAUGCAGACGGCGGAACCUGGCGAGAACUCAGGAUUGAGGGGCCCGAAACAUUCGAGGUGGGAUGUUUGGCAGCAGACUGGGAAUCAACAGGAGGGAGGACACAGGGACCCGGACGCGAACAAGGCCGGACAUGAUGGAGAUGGGAAGGAGACGCGGGAGAGGUUGCAUCAGGGCGACUCGGAUAUAUGA